GGCCAGUGUCGAGGGGUGCCCGCAGCGAGCAGCAGGUGCGAGCCAGAGGUGCGACUCAGCGCGUCCCACUGCCGCCGCCCCCGACGGACGCCUCUCCAGACGCUCGGCGCGCCCGGCGCUUCAGCCCUUCCAAGUCUCCCAGCGGGUGGUUCGAGUCGAUUCGUUGGCCAAGAUGGCGCCCAACACGACCGCGGCGUCCAAGGGAGCGGAGUGCGUGGGCGAAGGCGCCGACGGCGCCCCGGCGGCGGUGUCCUCGCCCGCUGCGCCCGAGGCCCCGCGCCGCGUCUGGGUGGACAAGUACAACUACACGGGCAAAGAGAUCAUCUGGUUGAACACCAUCGCCAUCGUCCUUUUCCACGUUCUCACCGUCGUGCUCACCCUCUACGUCAUCCGAGAUAUCACUGUACUUACCGGCUUGUGGAGUUUCGGCGUGACGGGCGGCGUGCACCGCAUGUGGACGCACCGCUCCUACAAGGCAACUUUCCCCAUGCGCGUCUUGCUCAUGCUGUGCUUCGCCACGUCCGGCCAAAACAGCAUCUUCGACUGGGUGCGCGACCACCGGGUGCACCACAAGUACAGCGAGUCGGACGCCGACCCGCACGACGUGCGGCGCGGCUUCUUCUUCUCGCACGUGGGCUGGCUGAUGAUGCGCAAGCACCCGGAGGUGCGGCGCCGCGGCGCGGUGGUCGACAUGAGCGACAUUCUCCAAGACCCCGUCGCCGCCUUCCAGAUCAAAUACCACUUGCCGCUGAAGAUCCUCAUGUGCUUGGUGAUCCCCGUGGGAGUGCCUGUGUUGCUGUGGGGUGAAAACUUUUUCGUCUCUUUUGUGCUGUUGGGCAUGGCAAGGUACAUGUUUGGCCUCAACUUCACCUGGCUGGUCAACAGCGCCGCACACAUGUUUGGCAACAAGCCUUUUGACAAGCGCAUCGCCUCUGCGGAGAACCGCCUUGUGAGCGUCGUGGCGAUGGGAGAGGGGUGGCACAACUACCACCACGUGUUCCCGUGGGAUUACAAGGCGGCCGAGCUGCCGGACACCAACCUCACGCUGCACAUUCUGCAUUUCUUCAAGCGCAUCGGCUGGGCCUACCAGUUCAAAAGCGCCCCGCAGAGCCUCGUGCAGCGCGUGACGAAGCGCUACGGCGACGGCAGCCACCCCAAGUACGGCUGUGCUACCCCAGAGGUCCCCAUUGAGGCGCUGGACAACCCCGAGAUCGUCGACAGGCUGUACGGCGAUGAGGUGGAAGAAGCGAAGGAAAAAUGCGCGUAGCCGGCCUCGCUGCUCUCGCAACUUUCGAAGCUCUUCGGAAGCCCUUCGGAAGCACUCGGCACACCUCGGGAAUGGACGCCGCCUGACAAAUCCGGUCGGCUGAGACCGGACCUGGCCGUGUUAACUUGGAGACCGCCCCAUAAUUUGAGGGACCACUGCAUUACUCACAUUCCCGACCCGAGUGCUUCCGAAGGGCAUUUUUUGGGCGCAUUACCUACAAGGAGAACAACGCCCUCUGCGACUUGACGAUAAGGGCACAACAGUUACCGCUUGCGCCCGGGGAUUACAACUCUGCCGAAAUGCUCGCACACCAAUCUCACUCCGCACAAUCCGCACAGGCUCAAGCGCAUCAAAUCCGCUCCGCUGCCGUUCGUGUGGCGCUUGACGAGGCGCUGCGGCGAAGGCAGCCAUCCGAAUCAUACCCAGAGCCCACAGAAGACGGGGCAAGCGAGGUUCGCCGGCCCGCCAUCGAGCUGCUCUGGCAACUGGCCGAAGAGCCCUUCGGAAAUGUUUCGGAUGUUCUCGGCGCUCCUCGGGAAGGCACGUGGACUGACAAACCCGGUCGGCAGCCGACCUGACCGAUUACUCUCAAGAGACUGCGCACCGUGCUUUUUAGGGUCCCUACAUCAUGUUUUCGACCCAAGUGCUCCGUGAAUCUUUGUAAAUAUGUUUUCUCCCGCGAGUUGGCUAAAUUCUCACUCUUAGAACGAGAUGCAGUAGCCAUUUUAGUCUCCAAAGACGCGGUAAGCGUUGCGUCUGUUUCUUAGGCACCGAGUGUAGAUUCUUGAUAAUAUCCUGAAAAUGUUCCCUGCGGAUAACACAUUUACGUCUUUGAAUAUUUAGACAGUAAGAAUUUCCAAAUUUUGUGAGAUUAUUAUGUCUCCUUGAAAUGUUAGGAAAUAGUGUGCUUUCGAAGGACUCAUAUUCUGCUACAUUUCAGUGAUGUUGAUAAACAUUUCAGUUAUUUAUUAAUAAAUCAGAAAUAAAAACAUGUCCAUUUAAAAUCUAAAAAUUGCUAAAACAAAAUAAAAAAAUAUAUUAUAUUAUGCUCGUUCCUUAUUUUGAUGCCUGCGGUCGCGGCAUUAUGUAAAUAUAGAUGAAAUCUAAGGAUGAUCAUGCGAUGUGGAAUUUUUGAUAGGUCUCCAAAGCGUUGAUGGACUGGCCAGUAGAAGAUAUUGAAGAACUGACUGCUACGCCUCGUACGAAUUGCAAUGGAAAUACAUCCCUGGGAAGAGGAUAUAUUUGCUUUAUUAAUUUGUGCUCCUAAGUUAUUACUUUAUUAUUUUGUUUGUGUGUUUUUAUCUUGGCACUGUCUUCAUUGCAGUUGUAAAAUGAAUUACGUAAAAUAUUAUUUUUCAUGAUUAUGUAACAUUCCUAGGAUUAUAUGCUUAGUAUCUUGCAAAUUAAGCUCAUACUUGAUAUGAAUAUGAAUGGAAUGGGUAAAAGGAGAAACCCCACAUGACCAUGCAAUAAUAUUUUUCAGGCGACAAGAAAACUAUAUAAUAACUGUGAUAAGAGCUAGAUGGCUAGUUUUUUCUGUACUUACUUUUCAUUUCAUAAAAUAGAUAAAUAAUAUGCGGAAGAGUAGAGAAAUAUUGAUUUAAAAUAAAUUAUUUUCCAAUUUAUGGGUAUGUGUGAUUUCCUAUAUGCAUCACAAAAUUACAAAAAAGUAGUUUUAAAAAAUAUUACUUUUCGAAACAAAGAAAGAAAUAACUUCUAUCAUUAGGAAAUGAAAUAAAUAUUAUUAAGUUAUUUUUAUGAAUUUUCUACGCAAAAUAUGAAACAUUUUGUUUUAGACUUUAUAUUUAUUCAAAUUUUUAUUUGACUUAAAUUAAAAGUUCUACAAUUAUUUUCUUCUCUUCUAGUUCUUAACAAUAAAAUAUUACUCAUUCACCGUAAUAUAAGUGCAAAGUCUACAACAAAGUAGUAGUUCGAGCUCUUGGGCAAAAUACCUAUGGGGUAAAUUAUGUUUUCUUUGUUUACCCCAAAGGCAUAACUAUCAAGUAUAUAAUAAUUGCUGAAAGUAAAAUGUCUUUGAAUUGAAAUUAGGUAGCUCAAGAGUUUACUUGUACUAUAUUAUUUAAGAUGACGUAUUCUUAUCGUGAACUGUAAAGAAAUAAAUAUUAAUUUAGAAAGAGACUCUUUAACCCUUUUCAUGGUACAAUAGUUUUGUAUAAAAUAAAAUAAUUGAAGUACACAUAAGAAUUUCUCUCAAGAGUUGAGCUUCAAAAAUAUGUGACUAUUUUAUGAAAUAAAAUUAUUGGCAAAAAAAAUUGGACAUGUGGGGGUUUCUCAAAUUUUGGAUUCAUACCCAAUAAACACAAAAAAUAUAUAUAAAUAAUUGGAGUUAAUUCAUUUUCCUAAUUUCCUCAACGUUUCAAAACAUUUAUAGUCCGUCUAUUCCGAGCGCUCUAUUCAGUUGGUUCUAUACUGGUUCAGUAAACCUCCUUUAAAUUACACUGCAUGGUAUGGAAGUGAAAAGUAAUAUAUACAGUUUUUUUCUUUUUGGAUAGGUGCUAGUGGAGAGCAUCAUACAUUCGUUCGUAAACUUUUUUGUAAUCACCAAGCUGCUCCGUAACUACUGCGUGAAACUGAAGGCACAGUGAAAAGGAAAUAAUUCUUGGACACUUCGAUCUGAAGGGCAGGGGAGCGAAUUCCUACUUCAAUUCCGUAAUAUUUUACAUCCACCCACUUCAGUUACCAGGACAAACUAUACUGAAAAUAGGAG